GGCCGCGGACGCCGACAGGCAGGGCGGUCGGGCGCAGCGACAGCCAGGACGGCGGCCCCCGCGGCCGCGGCCCCAGGUCCCCCUCCUUGGGCACGGUGUCUGGACCGCAGGCAGAGGCGCGGCCUUGCAAGGGUUAAAGCAUCUGAUCCCACCCGCAGCUCAGCGCCGGGGCCAGCCUUUGCUGAGGCCGUCAGGACACCCCUUCUCCCGCCGCCUUCUCCCUGCCUUCUCCUUCGGUCACGUAAUGGCCAAAGCUGUCUCCCGGCCUGAGAGCUCAGAAGUGCCAAGCGCCUUCCCAUCCCCAAGUGUCCUCCAUGGAAGAAACACGGUUUAACAGGGAGGGAAACUGAGGCAUAGAGAGGCCAAGUUAAAGAUACCCCCGGUUAAGGAUGCAGGAAUAAGAAAGCAGGACUUGAACGCAUUUCUGUGUGACUCCAGAACAGGCACUUUGGUUUGCUGAGAUAUGUGAGGGAGGAUGAAGAAGUGUAGCGGGGAACAGGCCUCACCUUCCCCGAUGGCGCAGGUGCCAGGGGAGGUGGACAACAUGGAGGGCCUGCCUGCUUCUAACAACAACAACCUUGCCGCCCGCUGGGAGAGUCCAGACCGGGGCUGGGAGAGGGAGCAGCCGGCCUCCUCCAACGCAGCCGCCUCACUCUUUGAGUGCUCCCGGAUCAAGGCCUUGGCAGAUGAGCGCGAGGCUGUGCAGAAGAAAACCUUCACCAAGUGGGUGAACUCGCACCUGGCCCGCGUGGGCUGCCACAUCGCGGACCUCUACGCGGACCUCCGGGACGGCUUCGUGCUCACGCGGCUGCUGGAAGUGCUGUCGGGGGAGCAGCUGCCAAGGCCCACGCGCGGCCGCAUGCGCAUCCACUCGCUGGAGAACGUGGACAAGGCGCUGCAGUUCCUGAAGGAGCAGCGCGUGCACCUGGAGAACGUGGGGUCGCAUGACAUCGUGGAUGGAAACCACCGGCUGACGCUGGGGCUGGUCUGGACCAUAAUCCUGCGCUUCCAGAUUCAAGUCAUCAAAAUUGAGACCGAGGACAACAGAGAGACGCGCUCAGCCAAGGACGCUCUGCUCUUAUGGUGUCAGAUGAAGACAGCUGGUUACCCCGAGGUAAACAUUCAGAAUUUCACCACCAGCUGGCGGGAUGGCUUGGCCUUCAAUGCCCUCAUUCACCGGCACAGGCCUGAUCUCGUGGACUUCAGCAAACUCACCAAAUCCAACGCCAACUACAACCUGCAGAGAGCCUUCCGCACAGCUGAACAGCACCUGGGGCUGGCGCGUCUGCUGGACCCUGAAGAUGUGAACAUGGAGGCUCCAGAUGAGAAGUCCAUCAUCACCUACGUGGUCUCUUUCUACCACUAUUUCUCCAAGAUGAAGGCUCUGGCUGUGGAGGGGAAGCGCAUUGGAAAGGUCCUGGACCAGGUCUUGGAGGUGGGGAAGAUCAUAGAGCGCUAUGAGGAGCUGGCGGCUGAGCUGCUGGCCUGGAUCCACCGCACCGUGGGCCUCAUCAGCAACCAGAAGUUUGCCAACUCGUUAAGUGGGGUGCAGCAGCAGCUUCAGGCUUUCACGGCCUACUGCACACUGGAGAAGCCCGUCAAGUUUCAGGAGAAGGGGAACCUGGAGGUGCUGCUUUUCAGCAUCCAAAGCAAACUCCGUGCCUGCAACCGUCGCCUCUUUGUGCCUCGAGAGGGCUGUGGCAUCUGGGAUAUUGACAAGGCGUGGGGCCAGCUGGAGAAGGCAGAGCAUGAGCGGGAGGCCGCCCUACGGGCUGAGCUGAUCCGGCAAGAGAAACUGGAACUACUGGCCCAGAGGUUUGACCACAAGGUGGCUAUGAGGGAGAGCUGGCUGAAUGAGAACCAGCGCCUGGUCUCCCAGGACAACUUUGGGUAUGAGCUGCCGGCAGUGGAGGCGGCCAUGAAGAAACACGAAGCGAUUGAGGCGGACAUCGCAGCCUACGAGGAACGGGUGCAGGGUGUCGCGGAGCUGGCCCAGGCAUUGGCGACUGAAGGCUACUAUGAUGCCCGGCGGGUGGCGGCCCAGCGUGACAGUGUCCUGCGCCAGUGGGCCCUGCUGACGGGGCUGGUGGGUGCUCGGCGGACGCGGCUCGAGCAGAACCUGGCCCUGCAGAAGGUCUUCCAGGAGAUGGUGUACAUGGUGGACUGGAUGGAGGAGAUGCAGGCCCAGCUGCUGUCCCGGGAGUGCGGGCAGCACCUGGUGGAGGCAGAGGACCUGUUGCAGAAGCAUGGGCUGCUGGAGGGGGACAUCGCGGCCCAGAGCGAGCGGGUGCAGGCGCUCAACGCCGCUGCUUUGCGUUUCUCCCAGCUGCAGGGCUACCAGCCCUGCGACCCGCAGGUCAUCUGCAACCGGGUGAACCACGUGCACGGCUGUCUGGCGGAGCUGCAGGAGCAGGCGGCGCGGCGGCGCGCGGAGCUGGAGGCCUCGCGGAGCCUGUGGGCGCUGCUGCAGGAGCUGGAGGAGGCCGAGAGCUGGGCGCGCGACAAGGAGCGCCUCCUGGAGGCCGCGGGCGGCGGCGGCGGCGCGGCGGGCGCGGCGGGUGGCGCUCACGACCUGUCCAGCACCGCGCGCCUACUGGCGCAGCACAAGAUCCUGCAGGGCGAGCUGGGCGGGCGGCGGGCGCUGCUGCAGCAGGCCCUGCGGCGCGGCGAGGAGCUGGCUGCGGCGGGCGGCGCCGCGGGCCUGGGCGCAGACACGGUGCACCUGGCGGGCCUGGCGGAGCGCGUGUCGAGCGCCCGGCGCCGCUGGCAGCGGCUGGAAGAGGCGGCGGUGCGGCGCGAGCGGCGGCUGCAGGAGGCGCGGGCGCUGCACCAGUUUGGCGCUGACCUCGACGGGCUCCUGGACUGGCUUCGCGACGCUUAUCGCCUGGCAGCCGCCGGCGACUUCGGCCACGACGAAGCGUCCAGCCGCCGCCUGGCUCGCCAGCACCGAGCGCUCACGGGGGAGGUGGAGGCCCAUCGCGGCCCGGUGGGCAGCCUGCGGCGCCAGCUGGCGACACUGGGGGGUGCCAGCGGCACCGGGCCGCUGGUGGUGGCGCUGCAGGUGCGCGUGGUGGAGGCUGAGCAGUUGUUCGCCGAGGUGACUGAGGUGGCCGCCCUGCGACGCCAGUGGCUGCGGGACGCGCUCGCUGUAUACCGCAUGUUCGGCGAGGUGCACGCGUGCGAGCUGUGGAUCGGGGAGAAAGAGCAAUGGUUGCUCUCCAUGCGCGUGCCCGAUUCGCUGGACGACGUCGAGGUGGUGCAGCAUCGAUUCGAGAGCCUGGACCAGGAGAUGAACAGUCUGAUGGGCCGCGUUCUGGAUGUGAACCACACAGUGCAGGAGCUGGUGGAAGGAGGCCACCCCAGCUCAGACGAGGUGCGCUCCUGCCAGGACCACCUCAACAGCAGGUGGAACCGCAUCGUGGAGCUGGUGGAACAGCGCAAAGAGGAAGUGAGCGCGGUGCUGCUGGUGGAGAACCACGUGCUGGAGGUGGCCGAGGUGCGCACCCAGGUGCGCGAGAAGCGGCGAGCGGUGGAGAGCGCACCCCGCGCCGGCGGCGCCCUGCAGUGGCGCCUUAGCGGCCUAGAGGCCGCUCUGCAAGCGCUCGAGCCACGCCAGGCGGCCCUUCUGGAGGAGGCGGCCCUGCUGGCUGCGCGCUUCCCGACGCAGGCGGCGCGGCUGCACCAGGGCGCAGAGCAGCUGGGCGCCGAGUGGGGCACGCUAGCCAGCUCGGCUCAGGCCUGCGGUGAGGCGGUGGCGGCCGCUGGGCGCCUGCAGCGCUUCUUGCAUGACCUGGACGCUUUCCUGGACUGGCUCGUGCGUGCCCAGGAGGCGGCGGGUGGCAGCGAGGGGCCCCUGCCCAACAGCCUAGAGGAGGCGGACGCGCUGCUGGCGCGCCACGCUGCGCUCAAGGAAGAGGUGGACCAGCGCGAGGAGGACUAUGCGCGCAUCGUGGCGGCCAGCGAGGCGCUGCUGGCGAACGACGGCGCAGACCUAGGCCCGGGCCUGGCGCUGGACGAGUGGCUGCCCCACCUCGAGCUCGGCUGGCACAAACUGCUCGGCUUGUGGGAGGCGCGCAGGGAGGCGCUGGUCCAGGCCCACAUCUACCAGCUCUUCCUGCGCGACCUACGCCAGGCACUCGCUGUGCUGCAUAACCAGGAGAUGGCGCUGUCGAGUGCGGAGCUGCCAAGCACAGUGGAGUCGGUGGAAGAGGCGCUGAAACGGCACCGGGAUUUUCUCACCACGAUGGAGCUGAACCAGCAAAAGAUGCAGGUGGCCGUGCAGGCUGCGGAGGGCCUGCUGAGGCAGGGCAAUGUCUACGGGGAGCAGGCCCAGGAGGCCGUGACCCGGCUGCUGGAGAAGAGCCAGGAAAACCAGUUACGGGCCCAGCAGUGGAUGCAGAAACUACACGACCAACUUGAGCUGCAGCACUUCCUCCGAGACUGCCACGAGCUGGAUGGCUGGAUUCACGAGAAGAUGCUGAUGGCGCGGGAUGGCACGCGGGAAGACAGCCACAAGCUGCAUAAGAGAUGGCUCCGGCACCAGGCGUUCAUGGCCGAACUGGCUCAGAAUAAGGAGUGGCUGGAGAAGAUCGAGAGGGAGGGCCAGCAACUGAUGCAGGAGAAGCCAGAGCUGGCCGCCUCUGUGAGGAAGAAGUUGGGUGAGAUCCGGCAGUGCUGGGCUGAGUUGGAGAGUACCACCCAGGCCAAGGCGCGGCAGCUCUUUGAGGCCAGCAAGGCUGACCAGCUAGUGCAGAGCUUCGCUGAGCUGGACAAGAAGCUCCUUCACAUGGAAAGCCAGCUGCAAGAUGUGGACCCUGGUGGGGACCUGGCCACUGUCAACAGCCAACUCAAGAAGCUGCAGUCCAUGGAGUCCCAGGUGGAGGAGUGGUACCGCGAGGUGGGAGAGCUGCAGGCGCAGACGGCCGCGCUGCCGCUGGAGCCCGCGAGCAAGGAGCUGGUGGGCGAGCGGCAGAGCGCGGUGGGCGAGCGCCUGGUGCGCCUGCUCGAGCCGCUGCAGGAGCGCCGCCGCCUGCUGCUCGCCUCCAAGGAGCUGCACCAGGUGGCGCACGACAUAGACGACGAGCUGGUGUGGGUUCAGGAACGGCUGCCACUGGCCAUGCAGACGGAGCGAGGCAGCGGUUUGCAGGCUGUCCAGCAGCACAUCAAAAAGAACCAGGGCCUGCGGCGGGAGAUCCAGGCGCACGGGCCUCGCCUGGAGGAGGUGCUGGAGCGCGCGGGCGCGCUGGCGUCGCUGCGCAGCCCGGAGGCGGAGGCCGUGCGCUGCGGCCUGGAGCAGCUGCAGAGCGCCUGGGCCGGCCUGCGGGAGGCGGCCGAGCGGCGGCAGCAGGCGCUGGACGCCGCCUUCCAGGUGGAGCAGUACUACUUCGACGUGGCCGAGGUGGAGGCGUGGCUGGGCGAGCAGGAGCUGCUCAUGAUGAGUGAGGACAAGGGCAAGGACGAGCAGAGCACCCUGCAGCUGCUCAAGAAACACCUGCAGCUGGAGCAGGGCGUGGAGAACUACGAGGAGAGCAUCGCGCAGCUGUCGCGCCAGUGCCGGGCGCUGCUGGAGAUGGGGCACCCCGACAGCGAGCAGAUCAGCCGGCGGCAGUCUCAGGUGGACCGCCUGUACGUGGCGCUCAAGGAGCUGGGCGAGGAGCGCAGGGUGGGCCUGGAGCAGCAGUACUGGCUGUACCAGCUCAGCCGCCAGGUGGACGAGCUCGAGCACUGGAUUGCCGAGAAGGAGGUGGUGGCUGGCUCCCCCGAGCUCGGCCAGGACUUCGAGCAUGUCUCGGUGCUGCAGGAGAAAUUCUCAGAGUUUGCCAACGAGACGGGCACGGCAGGGCGGGAGCGGCUGGCAGCCGUGAACCAGAUGGUGGACGAGCUGAUCGAGUGUGGCCAUACGGCGGCGGCCACCAUGGCCGAGUGGAAGGACGGCCUGAACGAGGCCUGGGCCGAGCUGCUGGAGCUCAUGGGCACGCGGGCCCAGCUGCUGGCCGCCUCUCGUGAGCUGCACAAGUUCUUCAGCGACGCCCGAGAGCUUCAGGGACAGAUCGAGGAGAAGCGGAGGCGGCUGCCCCGCCUGACGGCCCCGCCGGAGCCGAGACCCAGCGCCAGCUCCAUGCAGAGGACCCUGCGAGCCUUCGAGCAUGACCUGCAGCUCCUCGUGUCCCAGGUGCGGCAGCUGCAGGAAGGGGCAGCCCAGCUGCGGACGGUGUACGCGGGCGAGCACGCCGAGGCCAUCGCCAGCCGGGAGCAGGAGGUGCUGCAGGGCUGGAAGGAGCUGCUGGCAGCCUGCGAGGACGCCCGCCUGCACGUGAGCUCCACGGCCGAUGCCCUGCGCUUCCACAGCCAAGCCCGAGACCUGCUCUCCUGGAUGGAUGGUAUCGCCGGCCAGAUCGGGGCAGCUGACAAGCCCAGGAGCCGCGUGUAUGGGCGGACCCAGGGAGGCUGCCUGUGGCUGAGACGCCUGCCUGCCACCCGCUGCAGGGACGUGUCGUCGGUGGAGGUGCUCAUGAACUACCACCAGGGCCUGAAGACCGAGCUGGAGGCGCGGGCGCCCGAGCUGACUGCCUGCCAGGAGCUGGGGCGCUCUCUGCUGCUCAGCAAGAGUGCCAUGGCCGACGAGAUUCAGGUACAGCUGGACAAGCUGGGAACCAGGAAGGAGGAGGUGUCGGACAAAUGGGACCGUCAUUGGGAGUGGCUGCAGCAGAUGCUGGAGGUGCACCAGUUUGCCCAGGAGGCGGUGGUGGCUGACGCCUGGCUGACAGCUCAGGAGCCGCUGCUGCAGAGCCGGGAGCUGGGCAGCAGCGUGGAUGAGGUGGAGCAGCUCAUCCGGAGACACGAGGCCUUCCGCAAAGCGGCUGCAGCCUGGGAAGAGAGGUUCAGCUCUCUGCGGCGCCUCACCACGAUCGAGAAACUCAAGGCGGAACAGAGCAAGCAGCCGCCCACGCCGCUGCUGGGGCGCAAGUUCUUCGGGGACCCCACGGAACUGGCGGCCAAGGCGGCGCCCCUGCUGCGGCCAGGGGGCUACGAGCGGGGCUUGGAGCCCCUGGCCCGCCGGGCCUCGGACACGCUGUCGGCCGAGGUGCGGACCCGGGUGGGGUACGUGCGCCAGGAGCUCAAGCCCGAGCGCCUCCAGCCGCGCAUUGACCGGCUGCCGGAGGUCCCGGGAAGGGUGGAGCCCACUGCCCAGCCGGCCGCUCCAGAGGACGCAGCGGAGACCCCCGGGGUCCCCGCGGUGGCGGAGCAGGUCCGGCCGCGGCCAGAGCGCCAGGAGUCAGCUGAUCGCGCGGAGGAGCUGCCCCGGAGGCGGCGGCCCGAGCGGCAGGAGUCCGCCGAUCAAUCCGAGGAGGCUGCGCGGAGGCGGCGGCCCGAGCGGCAGGAGUCGGCGGAGCACGAGGCAGCACACAGCCUUACCUUGGGCCGCUACGAGCAGAUGGAGCGGAGGCGCGAGCGGCGGGAGCGGCGGAUGGAGCGGCAGGAGUCCAGCGAACAGGAGAUGCCCACCAGAGAGGUGGCCAAGGGGAAGGCCACCCUGGCUGACAUUGUGGAGCAGCUGCAGGAGAAAGAGGCCAGCCCAGGGCUCCCUGUUGGGCCGUCGCUGCCUCAGCCUCGGGAGCUUCCCCCUGGCCGCCUGCCCAACGGGCUUGAGCCGCCCGAGCGGACGCCUCGGCCGGACCGGCCGCGGGCGCGGGACCGGCCCAAGCCGAGACGGCGGCCGCGGCCCCGAGAGGGUGGUGAGGGCGGGGGAAGCCGGCGCUCGCGCUCCGCCCCGGCCCAGGGCGGCUCGGCUCCCGCGCCUCCGCCACCGCCCACUCAUACAGUGCAGCACGAGGGCUUCCUGCUGCGCAAGCGCGAGCUCGACGCUAACCGCAAGUCGUCCAACCGGUCGUGGGUGAGCCUGUACUGUGUGCUCAAUAAGGGGGAGCUGGGCUUCUACAAGGACGCCAAGGGUCCGUCAUCUGGGAGCACACAUGGCGGGGAGCCACUGCUCAGCCUGCACAAGGCCACCAGUGAGGUGGCUAGUGACUACAAGAAAAAGAAACAUGUCUUCAAGCUCCAGACCCAGGAUGGCAGCGAGUUUUUGCUCCAGGCUAAAGAUGAGGAGGAGAUGAAUGGCUGGCUGGAGGCUGUGGCCACAUCAGUGGCGGAACACGCUGAGAUCGCCCGCUGGGGCCAGACACUACCCACCACUUCGUCCACAGACGAGGGCAACCCCAAGAGGGAGGUCGGGGAGCGCAGGGCCAGCGGGCGCCGGAAGUGACUCCUCACCCCCAGGGCCUGACAAAUCUCCCUGCCUCUGUUUCUCCGCACUGUGGGCACAAAGACACUUUCUCUUCUGCGGGGGCCGGGCCGGAGCCCCUAGUUCCAACACUGCGGACGCGCCAUGACGGGCACUGGAAAGGAGGGGACUUCUCCCACACCCUAAGAAGUGGUGGGGAGAUUGCUGCCCCUAUAGCCAUAUCUCGGCCCCUUCCCGCUCUCCACCCCCCCACCCCAGGUGCUGGGGCUCCAUUAUUUUUAUGCAAUAAUUGAGCUUGGUGGGGGCGGGCAGGGGGCCAGUUGAGCCAAGCCCCCUGCCCCAAACCACAGAUCCUGCCCCAAGAAGCUGGGGUGGUGGGGGCGAUCAUUCCUGUCCCCCUCUCCGCCCUAGGGAUGGGCACGGGGGCGCUGGUGAGGUCCCCUGGACCAUCCAGGGUGCUAGGGGGUAGGGAGGGGACAGCCCCUCCCCGCCUUUACCUCACUUCCAAUGCUGCCUUGAUCUCUGUCUGGGAGGGAGGAGCGAAGGGGCCCUCGCCCCUGCACUCCUCCGCCUCAGAGCCAUGCGGUUAAUUCCUGACUUAGUUUAUUUUUGCAAAACGUCGACCUCCUCCUCACCUGCCCCGCAUCUGCGAAGGCUUUUAAUGGGAGGGGCGUCAAAGCUCAAAGUCUUCCUCUCUCCUCCCCCCUCCAGCUGUACAUGCCACUUCACGAGGGGAGGGGUGAGGGGAAGCCCUCCCCCCUGCAUGCUUCUGGCUGGAGCACCUCCCUGGGGCGUGGGGGGACCGGGCUGUGGGCAGCCCCAUGGCCGCCUGGAGGAGCCGCUGGGGCCUGGGGGUGUGGGAUGGUGUGGCGGGCGCACACUGUAUGUACCUAUAAUAAACCCUUUGGCUUUGACGGUCUA